AUGGGAAGGUUUGACACACCUCUUUACCAGGCAUCUAGGAGAGGCCAUGCGGAAGUUACAAGCUUGCUGUUGGAGGCGCAAGCGAACGCCAACGAUGAGGGCACGAAUGACUUUGUUCGUGCAUCUUCCCUUUUUGAAGCAGCCACACACGGGCACACAAGAGUUGUAGGUCUGCUACUGGAUGCAAGGGCGGAUGCCAACGCCCGCGAGGAGCAGAUUCUUUUCCCAGACUUCGUGAAUUUCUCAACGCCUCUCAUCACGGCGUCUGCGCGUGGCUACGUGGAGAUCGUGCGCCUGUUGCUGGAAGCAGCGGGGGACGCCAACACUCCAUACAUCUCUCAGACCUCCUACGUCUCGGAUCUGGAUUCUGAGUUCUCUGCAACUCCCCUCUUCUAUGCGGCCGAGUCUGGCUACGCGGAGGUCGUCCGCUUGCUGGUGGAAGCAAGAGCGGAUACCUGGUAG